GCCAAGCCCUGCCCCUCCCUUACAAGCUGUGUGUCUCCAAAGGGCAGCAUCAGAGUGACAGCCAGUACCAUCUCCACAGAGGCUGAGUUGCUGGAGCUGGGCUAGGGCCAGGGGGAGAAAGCCCAGCCAGACUCAGCCUUGCAUCCACUCAUAGGGCCCACCAAACCCCAGAAGAAGAUGGCAGCCUGGGCAUCGGAGUCACCUCCUGGGCAACCUACGAGCAGCCCCAGUGAAGCCUGAGGGCUCAGAUGGCUAGCAACACGGGGAUGAGUAUCACCGAACUCGCGGGCUCGGUGGGGUUGAUCCUGGCGGUUCUCGUAGAAGUGGGGGCCGUGCUGGGCAACGGCACGCUGCUCGUGGUGGUGCUGCGCACGCCCGGGCUGCAAGAUGCCUUCUACCUGGCGCACCUGUGCGUUGUGGACCUGCUGGCAGCCGCCUCCAUCAUGCCUCUGGGCCUGCUGGCCGGGCCGCCGGGGCUGGGCAGUGUGCCCCUGGACCCCUCCUCGUGCCGCGCCGCACGCUUCCUCUCGGCCGCUCUGCUCCCCGCCUGCACGCUCGGCGUGGCUGCGCUCGGACUGGCGCGCUACCGCCUCAUAGUGCACCCGCUGCGGCCAGGCGCGCGACCGCCCCCGGCGCUGGUGCUCACCGCGGUGUGGGCGGCGGCCGCGCUCCUGGGCGCGCUCUCUUUGCUCGGGCCGCCUCCCGCGCCGCCUCCGGCUCCGGCUCGCUGCUCCGUGCUAGCCGGGGGGCUCGGGCCCUUCCGGCCGCUCUGGGCGCUGCUGGCCUUCGCACUGCCCGCCCUCCUGCUGCUGGCCGCCUACGGGAGCAUCUUCCUGGUGGCGCGGCGCGCCGCCCUCCGGCCCCCGCGAGGGACCCGGCUGCGCUCCGACUCUCUGGACAGCCGCCUCUCCUUCUUGCCAUCCCUCCGGCCACGUCUACCCGGGGGCAAGGCGGCCCUGGCCCCAGCUCUGGCCGUGGGCCAGUUCGCAGCCUGCUGGCUGCCUUAUGGCUGCGCGUGCUUGGCGCCCGCGGCGCGCGCGGCAGCAGCCGAGGCGGCUGUCACCUGGGUAGCCUACUCCGCCUUCGCGGCUCACCCCUUCCUCUAUGGCCUGCUGCAGCGCCCGGUGCGCUUGGCGCUGGGCCGCCUCACUCGCCGGGCGCUGCCUCGGCCCCCGAAAGUCCGCAUGCCGCAGGCCUGGCACCCGCGGGCACUCCUUCGGCGCCUCCAGGGACUUCGCAAGGACCCUGCCCUAGGCCCUACUGAGGCACCAGGGCAGACCCCAGAAUUGGCAGGACAGAGCUCGAGUGUGUCGGAGGCCACCUGAGAGAUUUCUCCUGAGCUGGAGAAAGGAAGGUGGGAUCAGAGGGGCACAUCUACCCCCUGUACAGGCUGUGGUAGGCACUCUGCCCGGACUGCUGGCUCUGAAACCGGAGAGGGUGGUGCUCAGUCUCGGGAACCUGAUUCUGAGCCGGAUACUACCUGUGUUCCUUUCCCGGGGCCUCGGUUUUCCCAUCUGUAUCCUGUUUCCCAUCUCCUAAGGACCUCUCCAGGGUAGGCUUUUUUAAAUUCAUAGAUACUCCCUGGCCCAGAGGGGAGAAAUGCAGGUACCGUCACAGAGAAGGGGGUCCUAAGAGCUCACAGCCAAAGAACGAGCUGGACAGGGUCUGGGUAACAGCCACAGCAGGAGGAACCAGUGGAGAGAUGUUCAGAAGAUAGCCCUGCCGUCUGUGCCACAGAGACAUCGGAGAGUUCCACUCAAAGUCAUUACUUAAAUGGUUUGGUGCUCAAGGUGGAGACUGAACGCGUGACCCCUGAAAGGGUCCUGCGAUUUCAUCCAGAACUGACAUGUUUCCGGAAGGGGCUGUGGACCAACUGGGACUGGCGGAUUCAUAGUUUGGGGUCCUUCGGGGUUUCAGCUACACCCGUUCCCUGGAGUUUUGUCACCCCAACACCAGUAUUAUACAGCUUUCUGGUCGCUGAGAA